GAAGUGCCUGGUAAAUGCAUCUCCCUACUCGUUUCCCAUAGGAUGAGUGUGUUUGGGAUCUAAAUAGGCAGCAGUUUCCGCCCCGCUGAACUUCAUCAGAUCAGUUAAAUAACAAUGGCAAGCGCAGAAAACCUGUAUCAAGAAAAAAUGCAAGAAUUACAAAAGCAGAUGAAUAAAGUAAUGCAGACAAUCAAUAACCACUCCAAGGUGGAAGCCUUUCUUAAUUCUCCUUUCGGUCAAUACUUGGAUCAACAUCCGUUUGUUACCCUCUCGCUUCUAGUAUUUAUCUCCCUAUCUGCGGUACCAGUUGGAAUAUUCCUGACUCUUAUUGCCGGAACAGCAAUAGCGGUCUGUCUUGCAGUCUUGAUAAUAGAAGGUAUUGUGAUAUCAGUCGGUGGAAUAGCAUUGCUCUGUAUCCUCUGCGGCCUCGCUGUCAUGUCACUUGGAGUGGCAGCAGUUCUGUGUGUGUCCUAUGUUGCCGGUUCAAGUGUUUUGAACUACAUACAUGCAUACAGGGUGACAGUUGGAACAAGAGGAAGAUCUGGGCCUAUUUCACUGAACCACGAAACGACGACGGCUGAAAAAUCUUACAGGAGCAGCUGAUAAGGGGUUAAAGUCAGGGAUGCACCGAAUCCAGGAUUCGGUUCGGGAUUCGCCCUUUUUCAGCAGGAUUCGGCUAAAUCCUUCUGCCAGGCCAAACCAAAUCCGAACCCUAAUUUGCAUAUGCAAAUUAUGGGCAGGGAGGGAAAUUGCAUGACUUUUUGUCAAAAAUAACAAGUAAAAAAUGUUUUCCCCUUCCCACCCCUAAUUUGCAUUUGCAAAUUAGGAUUCGGUUCUGUAUUCGGCUUGAAGAAUUCUGGGGUUCAGCCGAAUCCAAAAUAAUGGAUUCGGUGCAUCCCUAGUUAAAGUAACACGAAAUGACAUUUUUGCUUGUCUGUGUCCGGAGUUUUUCUUUCAAUAUUCAAUGACUGUUACAAGAAGGAAAAUAUCUGCUUUGUUGUUUGUUUUCCUUCAUGCCCAUGUUAAAGCACUUUUAUUCCCAGCGCUAAUUAUUUUGUAUUGAUAAAAGAGAGCCGGGUGACUCUUAAGCUGCCCUUAAGCCGAAACUGUCUUAUUAUAUGAUGGUGUAUAAUAUAUAUUCAAGCUCUUUAAUAAAGGCUAUUCAUUAUUCUGCUUAGAAUUCUGAGCAGUUGGUUUGUAAA